AUGGUAGGCUUUCCAGUACUUCCCAGAUGCUAUGUCUUCACACUGGGGAUCUUUGCUGCCUUUCCAAGUCAUUCUAGAGGUAAAACUUUACCUUGUAUUGCACACUAUGUUUUUAAUAGCCAAGUUCAUUUGGAACAUGCUUCAAGCUCAUUCCUCGAGCUUACAUCUUUGUGUCCUCGUUUCUUUUGAAAAGCUUUCAGCCAAGGAUCGAUUGGUGGCCUGUUUUAUGUCAACUUCAUGAUCGAUCAAUUUUCCUACCUGAAUAUCACAAGUAUUGGACGGAGUCUUAUUCAAGACGAAAACGAUUGUGGCUACGCCUGCCUAGAAAUUCCAUCGUGUUUUUCUUACAACGUGGCUGCUCUCCCUGAUGUCAACAACAAACGUCUCUGCGAACUCCUGCCAUCGGACAAGUUUAACAACUCAGACAAGUUCAACACCAGCAAAGAGUUUCAUCACUUCUUUAUUCCGGUGAGUCAAACGUCUAAAUGA